AUGGCUUUACUGCAGGGCUCAUGGCCACGGCUGGUGUCGCUCCUUUCAGUUAUUUCUGGCAUUCCUGUCGAACACGAGACUGGGGUGGUUGCUAAAGAAAUAACAGUAUAUGUCCCUUACGAUCUGGUUCGCAGUCCGCUACCAUCAGUUAAUCGUCAUAAGACUUUCGUGAAAUUGGGAGAAUUCAUAGUGUUCUGUCGACGUACGGAAGGAAAGAGAGGGGAUGCUGACAUGGAUGCUUUUGGUCGUGGUCGGGGUGGACUGGCGCAACGAGGACGAUUGGAAUUUGAAACAGGAAAGUACACUUCGACGCUGGAUGCUACCACUACACCGCACCAUCAGAAAAGAUUCUAUCCUAGGAGAGAUGGCAGGGACAGAAUCAACUCCUGGAACCCCUUCACUGUGACCUUUACCAACCUGCUAAGGGAGUUGGUAUCUGUGCUGCGGAGCUUCCAAUCCGUACUAUAUGGACGAAUUCCGUGCCCAAACCGGAAGGUCAUCUAUCCCUCAACUCUGGUUCGAGGUUCUUCACAUGCGCCUCACAUCCUCUCCUACCUUUUGGUUAUGAUGGAAGAACUCUCCGACUAG